AUGAUGCAAAGGCUAAAAAACAUACCUCUUGCAAGUCAUUUCAAAUUAUCUUAUGAGCAAUGUCCAAAAGAUGAAGAUACAAGGAGUGAAAUGGAUAAAAUUCCAUAUGCAAUGGCUGUUGGGUGUCUCAUGUAUAUCAUGGUGAGCACUAGACCUGAUAUAGCUCAUUCAUUGAGUAUUUUAAGUUGUUUCAUGUCCAAUCCUGGCAUGGAGCAUUGGAAUGCCCUCAAGUGGCUAUUGAGAUAUUUAAAAGGGACUGCUAAGUUUGGUUUGGUAUAUCAGAGAUCUAAUGGAGCAUUGACUCUAAAUGGCUAUGUCGAUGCAGACUUUGCUUCAAACAACGACAUAGAAGAUCUACAACAAGCUAUAUGUGUUUUGCUGAAUAAGAGUUGCAUAUGCUGGAAAUCCCAAUUGCAACAAGUUGUGGCGCUUUCUACCACUGAAGUAGAGUUCAUGGCUACUACAGAGGCUUUCAAAGAAGCAAUUUGGUUACAAGGGAUAUUGCAGGAACUUAAGCUGCUUAGAGAGAAGGGAACAAUUUUUUCAGACAGCCAAUCCUUAAUCCAUCUGUGUAAGAACCUUGUAUACCAUGACAAAAGUAAACACAUUGACAUACGUUUGUAUUGGAUUAGAGAAAAGAUUGAGGAUAAGAUUUUGGAACUUGAUAAAGUACCUACAGAAGAAAAUCUUGCAGACUUAGGUACAAAAGUUCUUUCAUUCAGUAAGUUGGCACACUGUCGUGACUUACUGAAUAUUGCAGCAGCUUGA